ACUCGCCUGCCGCCGCUGCUGCCGCCGCCGCUGCCGCCGCCGCCUCCUACGUCUUUCCCUUUGACAAGUCGCCGCUGCUGCAGCAAAAAUAAAGGACGCGGCCACCGCAGCCGCUGCCGAGCCGGGCUCGGGUCGCCGGAGCCGCGCCCCACCCCCGCCAGCUCUGGAGCCGCGUAUGAACUAAUGGCUGAAGAGUAAAUCAAAAUGGCAACUAUGGUUCCACCAGUGAAACUGAAAUGGCUUGAACACCUCAACAGCUCCUGGAUUACAGAGGACAGUGAAUCUAUUGCUACAAGAGAGGGGGUUGCUGUUCUGUAUUCUAAACUGGUCAGCAAUAAGGAAGUAGUACCUUUGCCCCAACAAGUUUUGUGCCUCAAAGGACCACAGUUGCCAGACUUUGAACGUGAGUCUCUUUCAAGUGAUGAACAGGACCACUAUUUGGAUGCCCUUCUUAGCAGUCAGCUAGCACUAGCGAAGAUGGUAUGUUCAGAUUCCCCAUUUGCUGGGGCACUUCGAAAAAGAUUGCUUGUACUCCAGCGUGUCUUCUAUGCACUUUCUAAUAAAUACCAUGAUAAAGGCAAAGUGAAACAGCAGCAGCAUUCUCCGGAGAGCAGCUCUGGUUCGGCAGAUGUCCAUUCUGUUAGUGAACGUCCCCGGUCAAGCACUGAUGCACUUAUAGAAAUGGGUGUUCGAACUGGUCUAAGUUUAUUAUUUGCACUUCUGAGACAAAGUUGGAUGAUGCCUGUGUCGGGACCUGGUCUCAGUCUUUGCAAUGACGUUAUUCAUACUGCAAUUGAAGUUGUGAGCUCUUUGCCACCAUUAUCUUUAGCAAAUGAAAGCAAGAUUCCACCUAUGGGCUUGGAUUGCUUAUCACAAGUAACAACAUUUCUUAAAGGAGUAACUAUUCCCAAUUCUGGAGCAGACACUUUAGGUCGUAGAUUAGCUUCUGAGUUGCUGCUUGGUUUAGCAGCUCAGCGAGGUUCUUUGCGGUAUCUCCUUGAAUGGAUAGAAAUGGCCUUAGGGGCUUCAGCAGUUGUAAAUUCCAUGGAGAAAAGCAAACUACUAUCAAGCCAGGAAGGGAUGAUCAGCUUUGACUGCUUUAUGACUAUAUUAAUGCAGAUGAGACGUUCUUUGAGUUCAUCUGCUGAUCGGAGUCAGUGGAGGGAACCACCCAGAACAUCCGAUGGCUUGUGCUCACUCUAUGAGGCAGCUUUAUGUCUCUUUGAAGAGGUUUGCAGAAUGGCGUCUGAUUACUCAAGAACGUGUGCUAGCCCAGAUAGCAUUCAGACUGGUGAUGCUCCCAUUGUUUCAGAAACCUGUGAGGUUUAUGUUUGGGGGAGCAAUAGCAGCCAUCAGUUGGUAGAAGGCACACAGGAGAAAAUAUUACAGCCCAAACUGGCUCCUAGUUUCUCUGACGCGCAGACUAUUGAAGCUGGACAAUACUGCACUUUUGUCAUUUCUAUGGAUGGCUCUGUCAGAGCUUGUGGUAAAGGCAGCUAUGGGAGACUGGGCCUUGGAGAUUCUAAUAAUCAGUCUACUUUAAAAAAGUUAACAUUUGAGCCUCACAGGUCCAUUAAAAAGGUCUCAUCUUCUAAAGGAUCUGAUGGUCAUACUUUAGCUUUCACUACAGAGGGAGAAGUCUUCAGCUGGGGAGAUGGUGAUUAUGGGAAGCUGGGACAUGGAAAUAGUUCAACACAGAAAUAUCCGAAGCUUAUUCAGGGCCCUCUGCAGGGAAAGGUAGUUGUUUGUGUGUCAGCUGGAUACAGACAUAGUGCUGCUGUCACGGAGGAUGGUGAAUUAUACACAUGGGGUGAAGGAGACUUUGGAAGAUUAGGUCACGGUGACAGUAAUAGCCGUAACAUUCCAACGUUAGUAAAAGACAUUAGCAAUGUAGGAGAGGUUUCUUGUGGCAGUUCACAUACUAUUGCUUUAUCUAAAGAUGGGAGAACUGUAUGGUCUUUUGGAGGAGGAGACAAUGGCAAACUUGGCCAUGGUGAUACCAACAGAGUGUAUAAACCUAAAGUUAUUGAAGCUUUACAAGGAAUGUUCAUUCGCAAAGUUUGUGCUGGAAGUCAGUCUUCACUUGCUUUGACAUCAACAGGGCAGGUCUAUGCUUGGGGCUGUGGCGCUUGUCUAGGUUGUGGUUCUUCAGAAGCUACUGCACUGAGACCCAAGCUUAUUGAAGAACUGGCUGCCACAAGAGUAGUUGAUAUUUCUAUUGGAGACAGUCAUUGUUUGGCUCUUUCUCAUGAUAAUGAAGUUUAUGCCUGGGGCAAUAACUCAAUGGGGCAGUGUGGGCAAGGAAAUUCCACGGGUCCUAUUACUAAACCAAAGAAAGUGAGUGGCUUAGAUGGCAUAGCUAUUCAACAGAUCUCCGCUGGAACAUCACAUAGUCUGGCAUGGACUGCUCUUCCUAGGGACAGACAAGUUGUUGCCUGGCACCGACCUUAUUGCGUAGACCUUGAAGAGAGUACCUUCUCACACCUUCGUUCAUUUCUUGAGAGAUACUGUGAUAAAAUAAACAGUGAGAUUCCCCCGCUCCCUUUCCCUUCAUCAAGGGAACACCACAAUUUCCUCAAGCUGUGUCUGAAGCUGCUUUCAAAUCACCUUGCUCUUGCGCUUGCUGGAGGGGUAGCUACCAGCAUUCUUGGGAGACAGGCAGGUCCGCUUCGAAAUUUACUCUUCAGACUGAUGGACUCAACUGUCCCAGAUGAAAUCCAAGAGGUGGUAAUUGAAACUCUGUCAGUGGGAGCAACCAUGCUGUUACCUCCAUUACGAGAACGUAUGGAAUUACUUCAUUCUCUUUUACCCCAAGGACCUGAUAGAUGGGAAAGCUUAUCUAAAGGACAGAGAAUGCAACUGGAUAUUAUUCUAACAAGUUUGCAAGAUCAUACCCAUGUAGCCUCCUUACUUGGCUAUAGCUCACCCUCCGAUGCUGCUGACCUCUCUUCUGUAUGUACUGGCUAUGGAAACCUGUCGGAUCAACCUUAUGGCACUCAGAGCUGCCAUCCAGACACCCAUCUGGCUGAAAUUUUGAUGAAGACUCUCUUAAGAAAUUUAGGAUUUUAUACAGAUCAAGCAUUUGGGGAGCUAGAAAAGAAUAGUGAUAAAUUUCUACUUGGAACAUCGUCUUCAGAGAACAGUCAGCCUGCUCAUCUUCAUGAACUGCUGUGUUCACUGCAGAAACAGCUGCUGGCAUUUUGCCAUAUCAAUAACAUUAGUGAGAACUCAAGCAGUGUGGCAUUGCUUCAUAAACAUCUUCAGCUCUUGUUGCCUCAUGCCACAGAUAUUUAUUCACGUUCUGCAAAUUUGCUCAAAGAAAGUCCUUGGAAUGGCAGCGUUGGAGAAAAAUUAAGAGAUGUGAUAUACGUCUCAGCUGCAGGCAGUAUGCUCUGCCAGAUUGUUAACUCCCUACUGUUACUCCCAGUGUCGGUGGCUCGGCCUUUAUUGAGUUACCUCCUCGACUUGUUGCCACCUCUUGACUGCCUUAAUAGACUCCUGCCAGCGGCCACUCUUUUAGAAGACCAAGAGUUACAGUGGCCUCUUCAUGGAGGGCCAGAACUGAUUGAUCCUGCUGGUGUGCCAUUACCUCAGCCAGCCCAGUCCUGGGUGUGGCUUGUUGAUCUGGAAAGAACAAUUGCUCUUCUUAUUGGGCGAUGUCUUGGUGGCAUGCUUCAGGGUUCGCCUGUGUCUCCGGAGGAACAGGACACUGCAUAUUGGAUGAAAACACCACUUUUUAGUGAUGGUGUAGAAAUGGAUACCCCUCAGUUAGAUAAAUGUAUGAGUUGCCUAUUAGAAGUAGCUCUUUCGGGAAAUGAAGAACAGAAGCCUUUUGAUUACAAAUUGCGGCCUGAAAUUGCUGUCUACGUAGACUUGGCAUUGGGUUGUUCAAAAGAGCCUGCUCGAAGCCUUUGGAUCAGCAUGCAGGAUUAUGCUAUUAGUAAAGAUUGGGACAGCGCAACUUUAAGUAAUGAGUCACUCUUGGACACUGUGUCUAGAUUUGUUCUUGCAGCUCUUCUGAAACACACAAAUUUACUCAGUCAAGCAUGUGGAGAAAGCCGAUAUCAACCUGGUAAAAGCUUAUCAGAAGUGUACCGUUGUGUGUACAAAGUUCGAAGUCGUUUACUUGCUUGCAAGAACCUUGAACUUAUUCAGACCAGGUCAUCAUCAAGAGACAGAUGGAUCUCAGAAAACCAAGACUCUGCAGAUGUUGAUCCUCAGGAGCAUUCAUUCACCCGGACCAUUGAUGAAGAAGCUGAAAUGGAAGAACAGGCUGAGCGAGAUAGGGAAGAGGGGCAUCCAGAGCCAGAGGAUGAGGAGGAAGAACGGGAACACGAAGUGAUGACAGCUGGCAAAAUCUUUCAGUGUUUCCUCUCAGCCCGUGAAGUAGCUCGUAGCCGAGAUCGAGAUAGAAUGAACAGUGGGGCAGGGUCUGGGGCUCGAGCUGAUGAUCCACCUCCUCAGUCUCAGCAAGAGCGAAGGGUCAGCACAGACCUUCCUGAGGGUCAGGAUGUGUACACUGCUGCCUGCAACUCCGUGAUCCAUCGAUGUGCCCUGUUAAUAUUAGGAGUAAGUCCUGUGAUUGAUGAGCUUCAGAAGCGAAGGGAAGAAGGACAGUUGCAGCAGCCUUCCACAAGUGCCUCUGAAGUGGGUGGACUUAUGACCAGGAGUGAAAGUCUUACUGCAGAGAGCCGGCUAAUCCACGCAAGUCCAAAUUAUAGACUGAUCAAAUCGAGGAGUGAAUCUGAUUUGUCUCAGCCUGAAUCAGAUGAAGAGGGUUACGCACUGAGUGGAAGACGAAAUGUUGAUUUGGACUUGGCAUCAUCUCAUAGAAAGAGAGGUCCUAUGCAUAAUCAAUUGGAAAUCCUGAGCGACUCUUGGGCGCGCCUGAAACAUAACAGAGACUGGUUGUGCAACUCCUCUAACUCCUUUGAGUCUGAUUUUGAUCUUACCAAGUCUUUGGGAGUUCACACUUUGAUUGAAAAUGUUGUAAGCUUUGUGAGUGGAGAUGUGGGGAAUGCCCCAGGUUUUAAAGAGCCAGAGGAAAGUAUGUCUACAAGUCCCCAGGCCUCCAUCAUUGCAAUGGAACAGCAACAGUUAAGGGCAGAACUUCGUUUAGAGGCACUUCAUCAGAUCCUUGUACUAUUGUCUGGAAUGGAAGAAAAAGGUAACAUCUCUCUGACAGGAAGCAGAUCAAGCUCAGGUUUCCAGUCAUCCACUCUGCUCACAUCUGUGAGGCUGCAGUUUCUGGCAGGGUGUUUCGGUUUAGGCACUGAUGGACACGCAGGAGCCAAAGGAGAGAGUGGCCGAUUGCAUCACUAUCAGGAUGGGAUCAGAGCAGCUAAGAGAAAUAUUCAGAUUGAAAUCCAGAUGGCUGUGCAUAAGAUUUAUCAACAAUUGUCUGCUACUCUGGAGAGAGCCCUGCAAGCAAACAAGCAUCACAUUGAAGCCCAGCAGCGUCUCCUUUUGGUUACAGUUUUUGCCCUGAGUGUUCACUAUCAACCAGUAGAUGUUUCUUUGGCGAUUUCCACUGGUCUGCUAAAUGUAUUGUCGCAGUUAUGUGGCACAGACACCAUGCUAGGACAACCUCUUCAGUUGUUGCCAAAAACGGGUGUUUCCCAGCUAAGCACAGCUUUAAAAGUGGCUAGUACAAGAUUGCUCCAGAUUCUAGCCAUCACUACAGGGACCUAUGCUGAUAAACUGAGCCCCAAGGUAGUUCAAUCUUUGUUGGAUCUACUCUGUAGUCAGUUGAAGAAUUUGUUGUCCCAGGCCAGUGUACUACUUAUGGCCUCUUUUGGAGAAGGAGAAGAGGAUGAAGAAGAAAAGAAAAUUGACUCUAGUGGAGAAACUGAGAAGAGAGACUUCAGAGCUGCUCUUAGGAAACAACGCGCAGCCGAACUGCAUCUGGGGGAUUUUCUAGUUUUUCUUCGCAGAGUUGUAUCUUCAAAAGCAAUUCAGUCAAAAAUGGCUUCCCCAAAGUGGACAGAGGUGCUUUUAAAUAUAGCAUCUCAGAAAUGUUCUUCAGGAAUUCCUCUAGUUGGUAACUUAAGAACGAGGCUCCUUGCACUUCAUGUCCUUGAGGCUGUGCUACCAGCUUGUGAAUCUGGUGUAGAAGAUGAUCAAAUGGCCCAGGUUGUUGAACGUCUGUUUUCCCUCCUGUCGGAUUGUAUGUGGGAGACACCCAUUGCUCAGGCCAAGUAUGCUAUUCAGAUAAAGGAAAAAGAACAAGAAAUAAAAUUACAGAAGCAGGGAGAGUUGGAGGAAGAAGAUGAGAAUCUUCCUAUACAAGAAGUGUCCUUUGACCCAGAGAAAGCUCAGUGUUGCAUAGUGGAGAACGGACAGGUUUUAACUCAUGGCAGUGGAGGAAAAGGAUAUGGAUUGGCAUCAACUGGAGUAACUUCUGGGUGCUAUCAGUGGAAGUUUUACAUUGUGAAGGAAAACAGAGGUAAUGAAGGCACCUGUGUUGGAGUUUCUCGCUGGCCAGUACAUGACUUUAACCACCGUACUACCUCGGAUAUGUGGCUCUAUCGGGCCUACAGUGGUAACCUCUAUCACAAUGGAGAACAGACUCUGACGUUGUCCAGCUUUACUCAAGGAGAUUUCAUUACCUGUGUGUUAGACAUGGAAGCCAGGACCAUUUCCUUUGGGAAAAAUGGAGAGGAACCCAAAUUAGCUUUUGAAGAUGUGGAUGCAGCAGAGUUGUACCCAUGCAUAAUGUUCUAUAGUAGCAACCCAGGGGAAAAGGUGAAAAUUUGUGAUAUGCAGAUGCGUGGCACACCACGAGACUUACUUCCAGGAGACCCCAUUUGUAGUCCAGUAGCAGCAGUGCUGGCAGAGGCCACUAUUCAGCUUAUUCGUAUCCUUCAUCGAACAGACCGUUGGACUUACUGCAUUAACAAAAAAAUGAUGGAAAGGCUGCACAAAAUUAAGAUAUGUAUUAAAGAUUCAGGUCAGAAGCUAAAGAAAAGCCGCUCGGUUCAAAGCCGAGAGGAAAAUGAAAUGAGAGAGGAGAAGGAGAGCAAAGAGGAAGAGAAAGGUAAACACAAUAGACAUGGCCUUGCUGACCUGUCAGAGCCGCAGCUGAGGACCCUUUGCAUAGAGGUAUGGCCCGUGCUGGCAGUGAUAGGAGGAGUUGAUGCUGGUCUUAGAGUUGGAGGUCGGUGUGUUCACAAGCAAACUGGGCGCCAUGCCACGCUGCUGGGAAUGGUCAAGGAGGGCAGCACGUCUGCCAAAGUCCAAUGGGAUGAAGCAGAAAUUACCAUCAGUGAUACUCCAUUGUAUAAUCUGGAACCCUGUGAACCGCUUCCUUUUGACGUGGCACGAUUUCGAGGCCUGACGGCUUCUGUGUUGCUGGACCUCACAUAUCUGACUGGUAUUCACGAAGACAUGGGCAAACAGAGCACCAAGCGACAUGAAAAGAAACACCGACAUGAGUCUGAGGAGAAAGGGGAUGUUGAGCAGAAAAUUGAGAGUGAAUCUGCUUUAGAUACACGAACAGGCUUAACAUCUGAUGACGUUAAAAGUCAGGGUACCACAAGCUCCAAAUCAGAAAACGAAAUAGCUUCAUUUUCUUUAGAUUCAACAGUGCCAGGUGUGGAAUCCCAACAUCAAAUAACAGAAGGAAAAAGAAAAAAUCACGAACACAUAUCCAAAAACCAUGACAUAGCCCAGUCAGAAAUCAGAGCAGUCCAGCUGUCCUAUCUCUACCUCGGUGCUAUGAAAUCACUUAGUGCUCUUCUUGGCUGUAGUAAAUAUGCUGAACUGUUGCUGAUACCAAAAGUUCUGGCUGAAAAUGGCCACAACUCAGACUGUGCGAGCUCUCCAGUUGUUCAUGAAGACGUGGAGAUGCGUGCGGCCCUUCAGUUCUUGAUGCGCCACAUGGUGAAACGAGCCGUCAUGCGGUCACCCAUAAAGAGAGCGCUGGGAUUAGCAGACCUGGAACGAGCUCAAGCCGUCAUCUAUAAGUUAGUGGUCCAUGGGCUUUUGGAAGACCAGUUUGGGGGCAAAAUUAAGCAAGAGAUUGAUCAACAAGCUGAAGAAAGUGACCAAGCCCAACAGGCACAGACGCCAGUUACCACUAGCCCAUCAGCCUCGAGUACAACAUCCUUUAUGAGCAGCUCACUGGAGGACACCACAACUGCCACCACUCCAGUCACUGACACAGAAACGGUGCCUGCAUCUGAGUCCCCAGGAGUGAUGCCACUUAGUCUUCUCAGGCAAAUGUUCUCUAGUUACCCAACUACCACUGUACUUCCCACACGUCGUGCACAGACUCCUCCAAUAUCAUCAUUACCCACCUCUCCUUCUGAUGAAGUAGGAAGGAGGCAAAGCUUAACUUCUCCUGAUUCCCAGUCAGCAAGGCCAGCUAACCGCACAGCCUUGUCAGACCCAAGCAGUAGACUUUCAACUUCUCCUCCUCCUCCAGCAAUUGCAGUACCCUUGCUGGAAAUGGGGUUCUCUCUCCGGCAGAUUGCGAAAGCCAUGGAAGCCACAGGUGCUCGAGGAGAGGCUGAUGCCCAGAACAUCACUGUCCUUGCCAUGUGGAUGAUAGAGCACCCUGGGCAUGAGGAUGAGGAGGAGCCCCAGUCAGGCAGCACAGCCGACUCAAGGCACGGAGCCGCAGUUGUAGGCAGUGGUGGGAAGUCAAAUGAUCCCUGCUAUUUGCAGUCACCAGGAGACAUACCAUCAGCUGAUGCUGCUGAAAUGGAGGAAGGCUUUAGUGAAAGCCCUGAUAAUCUGGAUCAUGUAGAGAAUGCAGCUUCUGGAAGUGGACCACCCGCUAGGGGUCGCUCAGCAGUUACAAGAAGGCACAAGUUUGAUUUAGCUGCUCGAACAUUGCUAGCAAGAGCAGCGGGGUUAUACCGCUCUGUGCAGGCCCAUAGGAAUCAAAGUCGGAGAGAAGGAAUAUCUUUGCAACAAGACCCAGGGGCAUUGUAUGACUUUAAUUUAGAUGAGGAAUUGGAAAUUGAUCUUGAUGAUGAAGCGAUGGAAGCUAUGUUUGGACAAGACCUGACCAGUGACAACGAUAUUCUGGGAAUGUGGAUCCCAGAGCAUGUUUGUGAGUCUGAAGACAGGGAAGAAGUGGUGGUAUGUGAACUGUGUGAGUGCAGUGUCGUCAGCUUCAAUCAGCACAUGAAGAGAAAUCACCCAGGCUGUGGGCGCAGUGCAAACCGCCAGGGCUAUCGCAGCAACGGCUCCUAUGUGGAUGGCUGGUUCGGUGGUGAAUGUGGGAGUGGAAAUCCAUACUACCUGCUGUGUGGCAGCUGCAGGGAAAAGUACUUAGCCCUGAAGACCAAAUCCAAGGCAACAAGUUCUGAAAGGUACAAGGGACAAGCUCCAGAUCUAAUUGGCAAGCAGGACAGUGUGUAUGAAGCAACAGGUCAUAUUCUUAUGACAUGUGCCAAAGAAGAAAAUGUGAAACUCUGGGGGCCUAUUGCAGGAUGCUGGCGCUGUCUACAUUCACUCUGCCAUCCAUCUAUUGUAAAUGGCAUUGCUUGGUGCAGCCUUCCAGGGAAAGGAUCCAAGUUGCAUUUACUGAUGGCCAGUGGCUGUCAGAGUGGCUUAGUAUGUGUUUGGCGUAUUCCACAAGAUACCACACAGACCAGUGUGACUAGUUCAGAAGGAUGGUGGGACCAGGAAUCAAAUUGCCAGGAUGGAUAUAGGAAAUCAGUCGGAGCCAAGUGUGUUUAUCAAUUGCGAGGACACAUCACCCCUGUCCGGACCGUUGCCUUUAGUUCUGAUGGGUUGGCCCUGGUGUCUGGUGGUUUAGGUGGCCUCAUGAACAUUUGGUCUUUAAGGGAUGGCUCUGUGUUGCAAACUGUUGUGAUUGGCUCUGGAGCUAUUCAGACCACAGUAUGGAUUCCAGAUGUUGGGGUAGCUGCUUGCUCAAAUAGAUCAAAGGAUGUUUUGGUCGUGAAUUGUACAGCAGAAUGGGCUGCUGCCAAUCAUGUUUUAGCAACCUGUAGGACAGCACUGAAACAACAGGGUGUUCUGGGAUUAAACAUGGCUCCCUGCAUGAGAGCAUUUCUGGAGCGGCUGCCCGUGAUGCUUCAGGAGCAGUAUGCCUAUGAAAAGCCUCAUGUGGUUUGUGGUGACCAGCUUGUUCACAGCCCCUAUAUGCAAUGUCUGGCUUCCCUUGCUGUGGGACUUCAUCUGGAUCAGCUGCUGUGUGAUCCUCCAGUGCCACCACACCACCAGAACUGCCUCCCUGACCCUGCAUCGUGGAAUCCAAAUGAGUGGGCCUGGUUAGAAUGUUUCUCAACCACCAUAAAAGCUGCUGAAGCCCUGACCAAUGGAGCACAGUUUCCAGAAUCUUUUACUGUUCCCGAUCUAGAGCCUGUUCCAGAGGAUGAACUUGUACUCCUAAUGGAUAACAGUAAAUGGAUUAAUGGCAUGGAUGAACAAAUUAUGUCUUGGGCAACUUCCAGACCUGAGGACUGGCACCUGGGAGGUAAAUGUGAUGUCUACCUGUGGGGUGCUGGCAGGCAUGGACAGCUGGCAGAAGCUGGAAGAAAUGUAAUGGUACCUGCAGCAGCUCCCUCAUUCUCACAGGCCCAACAGGUUAUAUGUGGUCAGAAUUGUACCUUUGUCAUACAGGCCAAUGGCACAGUGUUGGCUUGUGGGGAAGGAAGUUAUGGCAGAUUAGGACAAGGAAAUUCAGAUGACCUUCAUGUGCUGACAGUUAUUUCAGCCUUACAAGGCUUUGUGGUGACCCAGCUGGUGACUUCCUGUGGUUCUGAUGGACACUCAAUGGCCCUGACUGAAAGUGGUGAGGUCUUUAGCUGGGGAGAUGGUGAUUAUGGCAAACUCGGCCAUGGGAACAGCGACAGGCAGCGGCGGCCCAGGCAGAUCGAGGCCUUACAGGGAGAGGAAGUGGUGCAGAUGUCUUGUGGCUUCAAACAUUCAGCAGUGGUAACAUCAGAUGGCAAACUGUUUACCUUUGGGAAUGGUGACUACGGUCGUCUGGGUCUUGGAAACACUUCUAACAAAAAACUUCCAGAGAGAGUGACUGUACUGGAGGGGUAUCAGAUUGGACAGGUGGCUUGUGGCUUAAACCAUACUUUGGCAGUGUCAGCAGAUGGAUCCAUGGUUUGGGCUUUUGGAGACGGGGACUAUGGAAAACUAGGCUUAGGAAAUUCCACCGCAAAAUCUUCACCUCAGAAAGUUGAUGUCCUUUGUGGAAUUGGAAUAAAAAAGGUUGCGUGUGGAACUCAGUUUUCUGUUGCAUUGACCAAAGAUGGUCACGUGUAUACCUUUGGUCAAGAUCGCUUGAUAGGCUUGCCAGAAGGGCGUGCUCGCAAUCACAAUCGACCACAGCAAAUCCCUGUCCUGGCUGGAGUGGUCAUUGAAGAUGUGGCAGUUGGAGCUGAACACACACUUGCUUUGGCAUCAACUGGAGAUGUGUAUGCCUGGGGGAGCAAUUCAGAGGGGCAGCUUGGCUUAGGCCACACCAACCACGUUCGAGAACCAACCCUGGUAACAGUUCUGCAAGGGAAAAACGUUCGGCAGAUCUCGGCCGGUCGCUGCCACAGUGCUGCGUGGACAGCGCCACCUGUCCCACCAAGAGCACCAGGUGUGUCAGUGCCUCUGCAGCUGGGCCUGCCCGAUGCAGUGCCCCCCCAGUACGGGGCGCUGAGGGAGGUGAGCAUUCACACCGCGAGGGCCAGGCUCCGGCUGCUUUACCACUUCUCCGACCUCAUGUACUCAUCCUGGAGGCUACUGAACCUCAGCCCCAACAAUCAGAAUAGUACGUCUCAUUAUAAUGCUGGAACAUGGGGCAUUGUGCAGGGACAGCUCCGACCUUUGUUAGCCCCAAGAGUCUACACCCUCCCGAUGGUGCGCUCUAUCGGAAAAACCAUGGUUCAAGGCAAAAACUAUGGACCUCAAAUUACUGUAAAGAGGAUAUCAACCAGAGGAAGGAAGUGUAAGCCCAUCUUUGUUCAAAUAGCAAGACAAGUAGUCAAACUGAAUGCAUCAGACCUCCGUCUGCCAUCCCGAGCCUGGAAGGUUAAGCUGGUUGGAGAAGGGGCUGACGAUGCUGGAGGAGUGUUCGAUGACACGAUCACGGAGAUGUGCCAGGAACUUGAAACUGGUAUUGUUGACCUUCUUAUACCCUCUCCCAAUGCUACCGCAGAAGUGGGUUACAAUAGGGACAGGUUCCUUUUUAACCCUUCUGCCUGCCUCGAUGAACACUUAAUGCAGUUUAAGUUCUUGGGAAUUUUAAUGGGGGUUGCCAUUCGCACAAAGAAGCCUCUGGACCUCCACUUAGCCCCUCUGGUGUGGAAGCAGCUGUGCUGCGUCCCACUCACCCUGGAAGACCUGGAGGAGGUGGAUCUGCUCUAUGUGCAGACUCUCAACAGCAUUCUUCACAUUGAAGACAGUGGGAUUACCGAGGAGAGUUUCCAUGAGAUGAUUCCUCUUGAUUCUUUUGUUGGCCAGAGCGCUGAUGGCAAAAUGGUUCCUAUAAUCCCUGGUGGAAAUAGUAUCCCACUCACGUUUUCUAAUAGGAAGGAGUAUGUGGAGAGGGCCAUUGAAUAUCGACUUCAUGAAAUGGACCGACAGGUGGCUGCGGUCCGAGAAGGGAUGUCCUGGAUCGUCCCCGUGCCGCUGCUGUCCCUCCUCACAGCAAAGCAGCUGGAGCAGAUGGUGUGCGGGAUGCCCGAGAUCUCUGUAGAAGUCUUGAAGAAAGUGGUGCGGUACCGGGAGGUGGAUGAGCAGCACCAGCUGGUGCAGUGGUUCUGGCACACGCUGGAGGAGUUCUCCAACGAGGAGCGGGUGCUUUUCAUGAGGUUUGUGUCUGGAAGGUCUCGACUACCAGCCAACACUGCUGAUAUCUCUCAGAGAUUUCAGAUCAUGAAGGUUGAUAGGCCUUACGACAGUCUGCCUACCUCACAGACCUGCUUCUUCCAGCUGAGACUGCCGCCCUACUCCAGCCAGCUGGUCAUGGCUGAGCGCCUGCGCUACGCCAUCAACAACUGCCGCUCAAUCGACAUGGACAACUACAUGCUCUCGCGAAACGUGGACAACGCCGAGGGCUCCGACACUGACUACUGACCACCCAGGGUGCCGUCGCCCCUCCUCCUUCUCAGUAAUGCUCACUUCCAACUUAAUGCUGAUACACUUUUACGGUAACUAAUAGAUGUUUUAGGAACAUAAACCGACAUUAUAAACAGUGGCCACAUUUAGUUACUCUAAAUGUAACAAAGAAAUUAGAUGUUUUUAUUUUUCUGUGAUUGUACAAAAAAAAGACAAAGUGCUCUAAGUCAGGUUUUUCCCUCCGUAUUUGUGGUCACUUUUGAUAAGUUUGCAUGGAACCAUUUUGGUGCAUUUUUAGUUGGGAAUGGUACAUUUUUGUAAACCCACCCAGUGAACAUGAAAUUGUACAUUGUGUAUAAUUGUUCAUUAGAAAGGACAGUUUUACAUGAAUAUUCAUAUAUUUAUUUUGUUUUAAUUUGAAUUGCCUGUGCAGGGUUCCUUAUGCAGAGAAAUAAAGCCAAUUCAGGAAUCA